GCGAAUUCGACCGUUGUAAUCAAGUCCUUUCAUAAGGCAAGCAAGCCACCAUUCCCCAAAUCUCCGUCUGUCCCCUUUAUCUCACACUCUGAGAUUGGCAGAGAGGAAUCAGAGAGAGAGAGAGAGAAAACAGAGUUCUUGAGAGUAGAAGUAGAAGUAGAAGUAGAAGAAGAGCGAAGAAAUGGCGUCCAGACCCGUUGUUCCACAGCAAGUUAGAGGGGGUUUGAACAAGCAGCACCAUCCAGAACCACAGAAAAAAUCCAUGGCCGCCGGAGGGGAGAACAAGAGCCGGCGAGCUCUAGGCGACAUCGGGAAUCUGGCCGCAGGGACCGUUCCUGAAAUCCCAGGAAAGCAAAUCACUCGCCCUCUCACCAGGAGCUUCCGCGCUCAACUUCUGGCCAACGCCCAAGCCGCCGCCGCAGCGGAUAACAACCAGAAGCAAAUCUGUGUCAAUGUCGAUCACAAGCCGACAAAGAAGGCGCUUGUAGCGACAAAGAGACCUACAGCCGCCGCCGCCGCCGUACCCAAACCGAAGCCGAAGCCGGCAGUGACCAACGAAGAAGUAAUCGUCCUGAGCCCUGAUUCAGAGGUCAAGAGUAACAAGAAAAAGUGUCAAGAAAGGUCUAAGAAGAAGAACAAGAAACUUCAGACCCUCACUUCCAUCCUAACAACCUCGAGCAAGAUAGCUUGCAAGCCAAAAGAGAAGGAAGUGUUUAACAUCGAUGCCUCAGACGCCGGUAACCAUCUUGCCGCCGUCGAUUACGUCGAGGACAUCUACAAAUUCUACAAGCUCGUUGAGAAUGAAAGCCGGCCGAUUUGCUACAUGGAUUCACAGCCGGAGAUCAACACAAGGAUGCGAUCCAUCCUCGUCGACUGGCUUAUCGACGUCCACCAGAAGUUCGAUCUCUCCAGAGAGACUCUUUACCUCACAAUCAGCGUAAUCGACCGUUUUCUCUCAGUGAAAACCGUGCCGAGGAAGGAAUUACAGCUCGUCGGCAUCAGCGCCACUCUAUUGGCAUCCAAGUACGAAGAGAUCUGGCCGCCUGAGGUCAACGAACUGGUCACAAUCUCCGACAGAGCCUACUGCGGUCAACAGAUUCUAGCCAUGGAAAAGACCAUCCUCGCCCAUCUCGAGUGGACCCUAACAGUCCCGACCCAGUUCGUCUUUCUCGCCCGAUUCGCCAAGGCUGGUACCGCGAAGACCACGCCCACAGCUCCGGCGCUCGAUGGGGAUGUGGAGCACAUGGCCAAUUACUUGUCGGAGCUCGGCCUGAUGGACUACGAGUGCUCUGUAAUGUUUCCGCCUUCGAUGGCUGCUGCGGCGGCUGUUUACACGGCGAGGAGGAUGAUGAAUCAGGCUCCCGGCUGGACCGAUGUCCUGGAGUUUCAUACUGGGUACUCGGAGAAGGAGGUUAGUGAUUGCGGGAGGGUUUUGGUGGAUUUGAUGGGAAAGGUUAAGGAUGGGAAAUUGAAGACUGUGUUCCACAAGUAUUCCAGCUCGUCGAGGGGAUCUGUCGCUCUGAUUCCGCUGCCGGCGCCGGCGGCCAACUCGCUGCCGUGAUGACUUUGAAUGAACUGCCGACGGGAGAAAUUUGGGGGUUAGGGAUUUUGAUCAAUUUCUUGGAUUGAUUGCUUUUGAGUUGGGGGGAGACAGACAGUUGGCAAGGGUUUUUACUUUAAGUAUUGAAUUGUAGUAGUUUGAUUUCACAGUGAUCAAACUGUAGUUUGUAAUUGCGAGCGCUGAUGAUUUUACUGAUUCAAUAAAUUUGGGGGCAAAACCAAAUUUGUGCUCCUUUUUCUUCAAUAUUUUUUCGUCUACAUUAGCGGGCUGAAGCGUUAAAAUUGGGCCUGGAGUUGGGAUUGAAUAGCUGGGGGCCCGAUGCAAUUUACGGCCUAGUAUGACAGUCCAAUAAUAGUCCACUUUGUAUCUC